AUGGACGGUACCCCUGAGACGAUUGCACUCUUAACACAACUAUUGGUCGCUCGUACUGCUCUUAUUUUGAGCGAGCGAUUGCCGCUCGUUAGCGCUUCGCAGCGAUCGACUUCUGUUAUAUUGUAUCCAUAUCUACGAAGUGAUAUGUUACGACCACAUCGAAAGCUGCUGUAG